AUGGGGCGCCCAGGUCCCCAGAACCUGACGUGCGUGUCCUACAAGCACCCGAGCGUGCGGGGCGCGCUGGGGGACGCGGGGGGGGCGGCGGCCGGAGCCGUGCGCUGCCCCCCCGGGCAGUGCUGCGUGGGCAUCUGGAACCGCAGCCACGCUCUGGUGCAGGGCUGCUGGGGGGGCCGGGGGGACGCCUGUCCCUCGGCCACCUGCGCCCCCAGCCCCGCGGGCCACCCGGGCAGCUCCGUGCUGCUGUGCCUGUGCCACGGCCACCUCUGCAACGGCAACGCCACCGGCACCGCGGCGACCACCGGCGGGCUGGGGGGGCCCCGCCAGGGCCCAGUGCCCGGCCGGGGCGGGUCCUCGGGGACCCUGUGGCUGCUGGGUGCCAGCCCCCUCCUCAUCCUCCUCAUCUGUCUCGGUGUCCUCGGACUGCGCUGGACGAGGGCCCGCACGGGGCAGCCACCGCGGGGCGGGCGCAGAAUCGGGGUCCCCCCGCCGGAGCCCCCCAGCCCGGACCUGCCUGCGCUGCGCUUCCUGCAGGUGCUGCAGUCCGGGCGCUUCUCGGCCGUGUGGCGGGGCACGCUGCGCCAGCGGCCCGUGGCCAUCAAGGCGUUCGCGGCCGGGGCCCGCCGGAGGUUCGCGGCCGAACGCGCCGUGCACUCGCUGCCGCUGAUGGAGCACGAGAACGUGGCCAGGCUGCUGCACACCCGGGCGGCCGCGCCCCGGGCCCGCGGGGGGCUCCUGGUGCUGCAGCUCUACCCGGCCGGCUCCCUGCGCCACUUCCUGGGGCAGCACGUGGGCACCUGGGCGGGCAGCGUGCGCCUGGCGCUGUCCCUGGCCCGCGGGCUGGCCUUCCUGCACCAGGAGCUGUGGCGUGACGGGCUGUACAAGCCCAGCGUGGUGCACCGGGACCUGAGCAGCCAGAACGUGCUGGUGCGGGAGGACGGCACCUGCGCCAUCGGCGACUUCGGGCUGGCGCUGGCGCUGCCACCACGUGCCCAGGACAGCGCCGGCAGCCGGCACAGCGUGGCCAUCCGCAAGGCGGGCACCCAGCGGUACCUGGCACCCGAGAUCCUGGACGAGAGCCUGGACCUGCGGGCCUGGGGCCGGGCGCUGCGCCAGGCCGACGUCUACGCGCUGGGGCUGCUGCUCUGGGAGAUCCUGUCCCGCUGCCAGGCCCUGAGCCCCGGAGCCCCGGUGCCGCCGUUCCGCCUGGCCUACGAGGCCGAGCUGGGCUCCAGCCCCAGCGGGGCUCAGCUGCGCCGCUUGGCCGCGGACGAGAGGCGGCGGCCGCUCAUCCCCCCGGCCUGGCACCGCACCCCGCAGGCCGGGGGGGCUCUGCCGGAGCUGCUGGAGGAUUGCUGGGACCCGGACCCCGAGGCGCGGCUCUCGGCCGAGCGGGCGCUGCAGCGGCUCCAGCGCUUGGCCGCGGGGCCCGCACCGGCCCCGGGGGACCCCGGCCCGGGGGCCGCCCCCCGCCAGGUCCUGGAGUCUCCCCCCAUGUGGAACCCUGGUGCAGGUACAGGGGGACACCCCAAACUGGGGGGGCUGCCUUGACCCCUCCGGGGUCAGACUCCCCCCUCAAUCUCCUCCUUUUCCCCCCCAGGA